AUGGGGGUGGACAUGUACAUCAAGAUUGAGAGUUGUAGGUUGAAAUGGUACAGGAAGAACCAGACAAAGAUCCGUGCCGACCUGUAUAAAGGAGUUGUUGAUGCAAUUACAUCCGGGGAGACCGGGGCAAGCGCUGUUGGAGUAAGGAUAGUGCUACCUGGAACGUACCCAGGUGGCGACCGCGACAUGAAGCGGAGGCAUAUGGAUGCCAUGGCAAUUGUCCAUACCUACGGGAAGCCUGACAUCUUCUUGACCAUGACCUGCAACCCUAACUGGGAAGAGAUAACGAAUGAGUUGUUUCCUGGUCAGACAGCGCAAGACCGACCUGAUCUUGUGCCUCGUGUGUUCCAUGGCAAGCUAGAGGCUAUGAAAGAGAUGUUGUUCAAGAAGAAUAUCCUGGGUGUUGUUGUUGCACAUGUAUACGUAGUCGAGUUCCAAAAGAGGGGCCUCCCCCACGCACACUUUUUGUUGAUCAUGGAUUCUGCCUAUAAGCUUGUCGUUCCAGAGCAGUACGACCGACUCAUUUCUGCCGAGCUCCCAGACAAGCAAAAGUAUCCUGAACUCCACGCCUUGGUGGUGAAACAUAUGAUGCAUGGACCAUGCGGUGCUCUCAACCCCAAAAAUGUUUGCAUGCAACAGAACGAGUGCAAGUGCAGAUACCCGCGGUCGUUCAAUGAAAACACGGCACAGGGCAAGGACUCAUACCCUGUUUAUCGUCGUCGAGAUAAUGGUCGGCAGGCUAAGGUCCGAGGUAAAAUGUUGGACAACAGAUGGGUUAUGCCGUAUAACCCUUACCUUCUGCGGAUGUUCAAUUGCCACAUCAACGUUGAGGUUUGCUCCAGCAUAAAGGCCGUCAAAUACCUUUACAAGUACAUAUACAAGGGCCAUGAUAGGGCUUCUUUCAGCAUCGACCAGCCCGAUGCUGAUGGUAACAUUGAUGAGAUCAAAAGAUACGUAGACGCGAGGUGGGUUACUCCUUCAGAGGCGAUGUGGAGGAUAUUUGGCUUCCCCUUGUGUGCCAAUGACCCGUCUGUCCUACAGUUUCCUCUUCAUCACCCGAAUAUGCACAGGGUGGCAUUCAAUGAGCAAGCUCACUUGACCGACGUAGUCGCCUCUGAGAAAGCUUCCAAAUCCAUGUUGACAGAGUAUUUCAAAGCUAACCAAAACCACCCGUGGGCUAGGAAUAUAUUGUACAAGGAUUUUCCUGGAAGGUUUACAUGGCAGAAGGGUAAGAAGUAUUGGAAAGAGCGGGUGGAGCGUUAUCAGAUAGGUCGAAUUGUGUCUGCCAAUCCUGCCGAGGGGGAGCGAUACUAUCUGCGUGUGCUGCUAAACCAUGUUGCUGGCAAGACAUCCUAUGAGGACCUGCUCACCGUGGACGGUAGGCUAUGCGGGAGCUUUAGAGAGGCUGCCAAAAGGUUGGGACUCAUCGAGGCAGAUAACACGCUCGACGGCUGUCUUACCGAGGCAGAGCAGUGGGCGAUGCCAUGUUCACUCAGGAGGCUCUUCGCAACAAUUUUGGUGCACUGUGAGCCAGGCGACGUGCGUGGUUUAUGGGAUAGGCACUUCGAGCCUAUGUCUGAUGACUAUCGGCGAUCACACACGUGCUCGAUUGAGGUGGAACAGAUGGUGUUGCUUGACAUUAGGGGUAUGUUGCAGUCCAUGGGCAAAGACAUAGCUGAUUUCUCUCUUCCAUGCAUUGACGAUGCAUUCGACCCAACCGAGGGAGAGGCCAGAGAAGUGAUCGAGGAAUCCAACGUCGAUUUUGACAUCGACGACACUAAAUUGGCUUCAUCGCUAAACUUGGAGCAGAGGGUUGCAUACAACGAGAUACUAGCUUCUGUUGAACACGGUGAUGGGGGUGUGUUCUUUGUUGAUGGACCGGGAGGUACAGGGAAGACCUUCCUGUACAGGGUGCUGCUCGCCAACGUUCGAAGCGAGGGAAACAUCUCUAUCGCUACCGCGACGUCAGGCGUCGCCGCUUCUAUCAUGCCUGGAGGCAGGACUGCCCACUCGAGGUUCAAGAUCCCAUUGAGCUGCGACAAUGGCGCCUCAUGCACCUUCACGAAACAGAGUGGUACCGCUAAGCUACUGAGGAUGGCCUCAUUGAUACUAUGGGACGAGGCCACCAUGACUAAGCGACAGGCGGUCGAGGCACUGGACAACAGCAUGCGCGACAUCAUGGGAAGACGGGACCGACCCUUUGGAGGAAAAACUGUUGUGUUUGGCGGGGACUUCAGGCAGGUGCUUCCGGUCGUCAGGAGGGGGUCCCGGGGUCAGAUAAUCGAUGCAACCCUUCGAAGUUCACACCUCUGGAAGGGUAUGCGCCAGCUAAGGCUCGUCACCAACAUGAGGGCUCAUAAUGACACCUGGUUUGCGGAUUACUUGCUAAGGGUAGGCAAUGGCACCGAGGAAGUUGACGAUCAAGGAAACAUACGACUCCCUGAAGAUAUUUGUGUGCCGUCUACAGGCGAGGGUGACGACCUGGAGAAGCUGAUUGACCAUGUGUUUCCGAGACUAGAUGACAACAUGUCCGAUCCGAAUUACAUGACUUCACGCGCAAUCCUCUCCACCACGAACGACAACGUCGACAAGAUAAACAUACGCAUGGUAGAGCGUUUUCGGGGAGAAGAAAGUAAUCUACCAUAG